ACAAAUUUGUGACGAAAAAAAAUAUUUGCAAAUUAUAAAAGCCACACGACUUGCACAAUGGAGGAGAUAUGCAGAGUUUGCAUGGACAGAUCCGGAGCACUCACAAACAUUUUUGAUGAGACACAAAAAUGGGACACUUGCAUUGCUGACAUGAUAGCCCAGUGUACCGGGUACGUGGUUAGGCGAGGGGAUUCACUGCCAGAAAAAAUAUGCCCGCCUUGCCUAGAGGAUGCUGUAAAUGCCUUCAAUCUUAAAAAACUCUGUGUGCAGAGCCAUAAACUCUAUUUCCCAGUGAUGGAAGAGGAUAUAGAAGAAGCCAUCUAUGAUAAUCUUGAAGACGAAGACUGGAAAAUGUCAGGAAAAAUGGAACCUAAUAAAGAUUGGAGCGAUAUAAUGUGCGAGAUUUGCUUAAAAGGAUUUUUGGACAAAGACGAAUUUGAAUUGCACAUCCGUAAGCACACUGAAAAGAAGCCCUAUAAGUGUAAGCACUGCUCUAAGUGCUUUGCCCAGGCUGGAACACUUUCGGUUCACAUCCGUUCACAUAUCGGCGAGCGACCCUACCAAUGCUCCGAAUGCUCGAAGUCCUAUCCACGAGAAUGCGAUCUUACAAUACACAUGCGUAGCCACACUGGUGAAAGACCCUACGAAUGCUCGUUAUGCUCGAAAACCUUCCCGCAAAAAUCAAAUCUUGAAAGACACAUCCGUACGCACUCGAGUGAACGACCCUUCAAAUGCUCUGAAUGCACAAAAUCCUUUCAACAAAAAUCCUAUCUCACAGAACACAUGCGUACCCACACAGAUGAUCGAACCUUCCUAUGUUCCCAAUGCGGAAAAUUUUUUAAGCAUAACUACGAGCUCGAAAAACACAUCCGUACUCAUACGGGAGAGCGACCGUUUAAGUGUACUCACUGCCCUAAGGCCUAUGCCCAAUCCAAGCACCUCACAGUGCAUAUCCGCACGCACUCGAAGGAGACAGAAGAAUCUUACAAGUGUCCUCACUGUUCCAAACUGUUUACCUUUCCAGAAAGCCUACGAGUUCACAUUCGAAUGCACACGGAUGAUCUACCCUUCAAAUGCAGCGAUUGCUCAAGGUCCUUUCUACACAAAUCAAAACUUGAUGCACACAUCCGUAUUCACACAGGGGAUCGACCCCACAAAUGCCCUCACUGCUCGAAGUCAUUUCAACAAAACUCUCAUCUCCAAGGACACAUUCGUACCCACACGGGGGAGCUACCCUUCAAAUGCUCCUUCUGCUCCAAGUCAUUUAGAUACAAAAACAAAAGCUACACAAAACACAUCCUUACUCACACAAGCGAUGACAAAAUGCACACGGAUGAACGACCCUACAAAUGCAGCGAUUGCUCAAUGUCCUUCUUACGCAAAUCUAAGCUUGUCGCACACAUCCGUACUCACUUAGGGGAUCGACCCUACCAAUGCUCUCAAUGCUCGAAGUCAUUUAAACAGAAAUAUCAUCUCCAAAGACACAGUCGUACCCACACGGGGGAGCUACCCUUCAAAUGCUCCUACUGCUCCAAGUCAUUUAAACACAAAAACAAAAGCUACACAAAGCACAUCCUUACCCACACAAACAAUGACUUAUGUGUCAUUCCUGAACCCUACGAGUUCUUACCCUUCAAAGAUGAACCGGAACCUCUUUAAAGACUUCGAAGAUUCGAAUGCGAGUGAAUUAUUGAAACUAUUUGAAUGGGAUACAACGCUAAUUAAGGUACUUUAGGACGGUACUGAGGAACUACUUUAUCUAGAUGGUCAACAAUUGGGAUCCUCAAAAAAGAUCCGUCACAAUUUCAACCUAAGCUGACUACAUAUAACAAACACAAUACAAUAGAAUAUGGAAAAAUAAUAGAUUAGAUUUAUUAUUCUGAACAGUUUCGAUUUAAAGAAUAAAUACAUAACAUACAUGUAUGAAGAAAAUUAAUUUAUGGAAUUAUAUACGUAUAUAAUAAAUCUUACAAGAAAUCAUCUCUAA